GUACUGCAACUAUAACACAAUGUUGAGGCUCCUCGUACUCGCUGCUCUUGUCCUUUGUGGACAGUGCUCCGAUAUCCGUUUCAUUGAAGACAAUGAGCGUGUGAUUGGAGGAAGUGAAGCAAGCAGGAAUUCUUGGCCAUGGCAGAUUUCUCUCCAAUACUCGUCUAGUGGCAGUUGGUACCAUACUUGUGGGGGUUCCCUAAUCCGUGCCAACAGGGUGAUGACAGCUGCUCACUGUGUGGACAGGGCUGUUUCUUACCGUGUGGUGGUGGGAGAUCAUAAUAUUUACCAGAAUGAUGGCACAGAACAGUACAUCUCAGUAUCAAGGAUUGUGAAACAUGCCAACUGGAACCCUAACAAUAUUGCUGGAGGAUAUGAUAUUGCUGUCCUACACCUGGCCUCCAGUGCAACCCUCAACAGCUAUGUGAAACUUGCCCAGCUUCCCGCUGAUGGUGCUGUCCUGGGCCACAACUACAACUGUGUGGUAACAGGAUGGGGCAAAACUAGCAACAACGGCAACCUUGCGUCCGCACUCCAGCAGGCCCCUCUGCCCGUGGUAGCCCAUGCAACCUGCUCCAGUGGCUCCUACUGGGGAAGUACAGUUAAAUCCACCAUGGUGUGUGCUGGUGGCGAUGGAGUCCGUUCAGGAUGCCAGGGAGAUUCUGGCGGCCCUCUCAACUGCCCUGUCAACGGUGUAUACCAAGUUCAUGGUGUGACCAGCUUUGUCUCCUCCUCUGGUUGCUCAACAUACCUGAAGCCAACAGUGUUCACUAGAGUUUCUGCUUACAUCGGAUGGAUCAAUAAUAACAUCUAAAAGGCUGGAAUGAAAACACAGACAAGAGUAGUAGAAGUAGAAGACACUUAAGGAAGAAUGAAUGUACCACUGCUGUAAUUCAUUUCUGCAAACAAAUACUGUAUCUAAUAAAGAAAUACAUUUCCAAUUGAACCCACA